AUGAGUUCUGACGAUUUGGAAGGUGACGAUAUCUGGGGCGAUUCUGCCGGGGAAACCAAACUGGCCGAGCCCGAAGAGUCUGCCGCCCCUGCCGAGGAAAGUGAAAUCUUGGAAGAUGACGAGACGCGGCACAUGACAGUUGGUGAGCUGCGACAGCGAAUCCAUUUGUUGAACAAUGAUAUUCGAAUCAUGAAGUCUGAUGUCCAGCGCAUCACCCACGAAAGCCGUGGUCAACGUGAACGAAUCCGAGAAAACCAAGAGAAAGUCAAGCUGAACAAGCAGCUGCCAUAUCUUGUCGCCAAUGUUGUGGAAGUUUUGGAGCCUGAUGCUGAAGAUGGAUUGGAGGAGGAAGAACGAGAGGCAGGAGACGCCACGGAUGUGGAUGCACAGCGCAAGACUCGUUCAGCGGUAGUUCGCACUUCCACGCGCCAGACUAUUUUCCUUCCAGUGCCAGGGCUUGUCAAUCCAGAAGAGCUCAAGCCCAGUGAUUUAGUAGGAACCAACAAAGACUCCUACCUGAUUUUGGAAAAGUUGCCAGAAGAAUUCGAUUCUCGAGUUCAGGCAAUGGAGGUCGAUGAACGGCCCACAGAGGAGUAUUCUGACAUUGGGGGAGCCGAUCAACAGAUCCAGGAACUGAUUGAAGCGGUUGUGUUGCCAAUGACUCACAAAGAUAUGUUUGAUACUAUUGGUAUCCGUCCACCGAAGGGAGUUCUGCUUCACGGUCCUCCCGGCACUGGCAAAACCUUGCUCGCGAGAGCAUGUGCCAAUCAAACCAACGCCAUUUUCCUCAAGCUUGCAGGACCACAGUUGGUUCAGAUGUUCAUUGGUGAUGGAGCAAAGCUGAUCCGGGAUGCGUUUGAAUUGGCCAAGGCAAAGAUCAAACAGGGGGUAAGUGCUGGAGCCAUCCUCUUCAUUGAUGAGAUUGAUGCAAUUGGUACAAAGCGUUUUGGUGGAGAUCAAAGUGGAGACCGAGAGGUGCAGCGGACCAUGUUGGAGUUGCUUAGUCAGUUGGACGGGUUCAGCAGCAACGAAAUGAUCAAGGUCAUUGCAGCCACAAAUCGCCCUGAUGUUCUUGAUCCUGCCUUGUUGCGAUCUGGACGUCUUGACCGAAAAAUUGAAUUGCCUCAUCCCAACGAGGAUGCUCGUGCCAAGAUUUUGAGGAUCCACUCCCGAAAGAUGAAUGUAAGCUCGGAGGUUGUGUUUGAAGAACUUGCUCGAUCAUGCGAGGAUUUCAACGGAGCCCAAUUGAAGGCUGUAGCAACAGAAGCCGGAAUAUUUGCUCUGCGGCGAGAGAGUACUGAAAUUAUGCACGAGGACUUUGUAGAAGCCAUCACGGUGGUAGCGGCGAAGAAAAAGGGCAGUUUGGAUUAUUUCGCUUGA